AUGGAACGGUUUUUUAAGAGAAAGUCAUCCUCGGGUUCGGGUAGUUUGGAUAAUGUUGAUAGUUCAAAUAAUGUUGGUAGUUCAAGAACUCCAAGUUCAAGACAAAAUCAGUUAGAUGGUGUUUUGGGUAAUCUUCAAGCGGACCCUGUAUUAAGAACUCGAAUGAUAGAUUAUGAUGCUAAUAUAAGAGAUGAGGUCCGAAGAUCAUAUCUACAAAAAGGACCUUGUCAACCUAGAGGUGCGGCAUUUUGUCUCUAUUGCUAUCUCUUUAAAACCAAUUUUAAACAAGUGGGUAGUGAAGCUUUCACUGGAGAUGGAUUUAAGAAUUGGAAGAAAGGGAGAGAAAGAUUUAAGAUGCAUGUUGGACCGGUUGGGAGUGUUCAUAAUAAAGUUAGAGAAGCUGCUACAAAUUUGAUGAAUCAAAAUACACAUAUUGAAACGGCAGUGAGGAAACACUCCGACCAAGCUCGUAAGGCUUAUUACACAUGCUUGAAUGCAUCAAUCAAGUGCACUAAGUUUUUAUUGCGACAAGGUCUUGCUUUUCGUGGCCAUGAUGAAAGUGUCACUUCAAGCAAUAGGGGAAAUUACUUGGAGCUAUUGCAAUUCCUUGCAGAUAAUGAUGAUAAAGUUAGAGAAGUUGUGAUGGAAAAUGCUCCGAGGAAUCUCAAAUUACUACCUCCUUGCAUUCAAAAAGAAAUUGUGAAUUCAUGUGCCCUUGAAACACUUGAUGCUAUCAUGGAUGGUCUAAAAGAUAGAUUCUUUUCAAUAUUGGUGGAUGAAGCACGUGAUGUGUCAGUGAAAGAGCAAAUGGCUAUGGUGUUGCGUUAUGUGGAUGACAAAGGGCAUGUAAUUGAAAGAUUUGAGGGUAUCCAACAUUUUACCGACACUAUUUCAAGUUCACUAAAGGAUGCUAUUGACACAUUCUUUUAUUGCAACAGUUUGAGCCUUUCCAAGCUACAAGUUGAAUGGCCCCUAUCUUCCUCCUCUCUCUUCCGUCUCAACCUUUCUCUCUCUUUGUUUACCGGUGGUGCUAUCUAUCCCGGCGGAGACGGCGACGUCAACGUCGGUAGAGAUAGUAACGGUUGCUAUGCUGGUUCGUAUGUGAUGUGGAAGUAG